GCGGGGAGCGCGGGGACCUUGUGCGCUCGGCGAGCGAGCGAGCGGGCGGGCGGGCGGCGGCAGGUUCACGGGCGCUUCGUCCCGGCCCCCGGCUGGCUGCUGGUCGGCCCCACGGCGCCGAGAUUGUACAUGCCUUUUGGUUUUGAGGAACAGAACGCGCCAUGGGACAACCUCAAAGAUCUCUCCAGACGGGGUCUCUUGCUUGGGUGAUGUGUCUGCUCUCCUGACUGUCUUAAUACCCAAAGGAUUUAUUUUCCUUUUGGAAAUAUUUUAAGUUGAAAUCUUGUUCCUCACUGGAAAUCGUCUGCAUUAAAGACUGCAUGCAUCAUGGGUGACAUGGCAAACAACUCGGUUGCAUAUAGCGGCGUAAAAAAUGCUGUAAAAGAAGCUAAUCAUGGAGAUUUUGGAGUUACUCUUGCAGAGCUCCGUUCUCUUAUGGAACUUCGAGCUGCAGAUGCACUGCAUAAAAUACAGGAAUGCUAUGGAGAUGUACAUGGCAUCUGCACAAAGUUGAAAACUUCACCAAAUGAAGGUUUAAGUGGAAAUCCGGCAGACAUAGAAAGGAGAGAAGCAGUUUUUGGGAAGAACUUUAUACCUCCUAAAAAGCCAAAAACAUUUCUUCAGUUAGUAUGGGAAGCACUACAGGACGUUACAUUAAUUAUAUUAGAAAUUGCAGCUGUAGUAUCCUUGGGCCUUUCUUUUUACCAGCCUCCAGGAGGAAAUGAAUCAUUGUGUGGAUCAGUAAAUGUUGGUGAAGAAGAGGAGGAAUCUGAAGCAGGUUGGAUUGAAGGGGCAGCAAUCCUCCUGUCUGUAGUUUGUGUGGUACUAGUAACAGCUUUCAAUGACUGGAGUAAGGAGAAGCAAUUUCGGGGAUUGCAGAGCCGUAUUGAACAAGAACAGAAAUUCACAGUCAUCAGAGGUGGUCAAGUCAUCCAAAUACCAGUAGCAGACAUAAUUGUUGGAGAUAUUGCACAAGUGAAAUAUGGUGACCUUUUACCAGCUGAUGGUGUACUCAUUCAAGGAAAUGACCUCAAAAUUGAUGAAAGCUCACUGACUGGAGAAUCAGAUCAUGUUAAGAAAUCGCUGGACAGAGAUCCUAUGCUGCUGUCAGGUACACAUGUGAUGGAAGGCUCUGGAAGAAUGGUGGUUACUGCUGUAGGUGUUAACUCUCAGACUGGAAUCAUCUUCACCUUACUUGGGGCUGGAGGAGAUGAAGAGGAGAAGGAGAAGGAAAAAGAGAAGAAAGACAAGAAAAGUAAAAAGCAAGAUGGAGCUGUUGAAAACCGUAACAAAGCUAAGGCCCAAGAUGGUGCAGCCAUGGAAAUGCAACCACUGAAGAGUGAGGAUGGUGGGGAUGGAGAUGAGAAAGACAAGAAGAAAGCAAACUUGCCAAAGAAAGAAAAGUCAGUUCUCCAAGGCAAACUCACAAAGCUCGCAGUUCAGAUUGGCAAAGCAGGUUUGUUGAUGUCUGCAAUCACAGUCAUUAUCCUUGUGUUAUAUUUUGUAAUUGAUACCUUCUGGGUUCAGAAGAGACCUUGGCUUGCUGAAUGUACACCAAUUUAUAUUCAGUAUUUUGUGAAGUUCUUCAUUAUUGGAGUUACAGUCUUGGUGGUGGCAGUACCAGAAGGUCUUCCACUUGCAGUCACUAUAUCUCUGGCUUACUCUGUUAAGAAAAUGAUGAAAGAUAAUAACUUGGUGAGACAUCUGGAUGCGUGUGAAACAAUGGGCAAUGCAACAGCUAUUUGCUCAGAUAAAACAGGAACAUUGACCAUGAACAGAAUGACAGUGGUCCAAGCCUACAUCAAUGAAAAACAUUAUAAAAAAAUUCCAGAACCAGAAGCUAUUCCAGAGAAAACUAUGGCUUACCUUGUGACAGGAAUUUCUGUUAAUUGUGCUUAUACUUCCAAAAUACUGCCUCCUGAAAAAGAAGGUGGCCUACCACGUCAUGUUGGAAAUAAAACUGAAUGUGCCUUGCUGGGAUUGCUCUUGGAUUUAAAACGUGAUUAUCAGGACGUAAGAAAUGAGAUACCAGAAGAGGAUUUGUACAAAGUGUACACCUUCAACUCUGUUAGAAAAUCUAUGAGUACUGUGUUAAAAAACUCUGAUGGCAGUUUCCGGAUAUUCAGUAAAGGUGCCUCUGAGAUAGUUCUUAAAAAGUGCUUCAAGAUACUGAGUGCUAAUGGAGAACCAAAGGUAUUUAGACCUAGGGACCGCGAUGAUAUUGUGAAAACUGUCAUUGAACCAAUGGCUUCUGAAGGUCUCAGAACCAUCUGCUUGGCAUUCAGAGACUUCCCAGCAGGAGAACCUGAGCCAGAGUGGGACAACGAAAAUGAUAUCGUUACUGGUCUGACAUGCAUUGCUGUUGUUGGGAUUGAAGAUCCUGUGAGACCUGAGGUACCUGAUGCAAUAAAGAAGUGUCAACGUGCAGGCAUAACUGUACGUAUGGUCACAGGUGAUAACAUUAACACUGCUCGUGCUAUUGCAUUAAAAUGUGGUAUUCUGAAUCCUGGUGAAGACUUCCUUUGUUUAGAGGGCAAAGACUUUAACAGGAGAAUACGCAAUGAAAAAGGAGAGAUAGAGCAAGAGCGAAUAGAUAAAAUUUGGCCAAAGCUUCGUGUUCUUGCAAGAUCUUCUCCCACUGACAAACACACUCUAGUAAAAGGGAUAAUUGACAGCACUGUCUUUGACCAGAGGCAAGUUGUAGCAGUAACUGGUGAUGGUACCAAUGAUGGUCCAGCUCUUAAGAAGGCAGAUGUUGGAUUUGCUAUGGGUAUUGCUGGAACAGAUGUAGCUAAAGAAGCUUCUGAUAUUAUCCUUACAGACGACAACUUCACAAGUAUUGUUAAAGCAGUUAUGUGGGGACGAAACGUCUAUGACAGCAUCUCCAAAUUUCUUCAGUUCCAGCUUACUGUCAAUGUAGUAGCAGUAAUUGUUGCUUUUACAGGAGCAUGCAUAACACAAGAUUCUCCACUCAAAGCUGUGCAGAUGCUGUGGGUAAAUCUCAUAAUGGACACAUUAGCUUCACUUGCCCUGGCAACAGAACCACCCACUGAAGCUCUUCUGUUGCGAAAGCCUUAUGGUAGAAACAAACCUUUGAUUUCUCGUACAAUGAUGAAGAAUAUUUUGGGUCAUGCAUUCUACCAACUUGUUGUGGUAUUCACACUCCUGUUUGCUGGUGAGAAAAUUUUUGAUAUCGAUAGUGGAAGAAAUGCACCUCUGCAUGCUCCUCCUUCAGAGCAUUAUACUAUAGUAUUUAAUACAUUUGUGAUGAUGCAGCUUUUUAAUGAAAUUAAUGCCCGAAAAAUUCAUGGUGAAAGAAACGUUUUUGAAGGAAUCUUUAACAACGCUAUCUUCUGUUCUAUUGUUCUGGGGACAUUUGUUGUACAGAUAGUUAUUGUGCAGUUUGGUGGGAAGCCUUUCAGUUGCUCAGAACUCUCGAUUGAACAGUGGCUGUGGUCCAUUUUCCUGGGCAUGGGCACACUACUCUGGGGCCAGUUGAUUUCAACAAUUCCAACCAGUCGUCUGAAAUUCCUCAAAGAAGCUGGUCAUGGAACACAAAAGGAAGAGAUUCCUGAAGAAGAGCUAGCAGAAGAUGUAGAAGAGAUUGAUCAUGCUGAGAGAGAAUUGCGUCGUGGUCAGAUCUUGUGGUUUAGAGGCUUAAACAGAAUACAAACUCAGAUGGAUGUAGUGAAUGCUUUCCAGAGUGGAAGUACCAUUCAGGGGGCUCUAAGGCGGCAACCCUCCAUCGCCAGCCAGCACCAUGAUGUAACAAAUAUUUCUACCCCUACACAUGUAGUGUUUUCCUCUACUACUGCUUCUACUACUGUGGGAUCCGAGUGGUGAAUGCAUUUCGUAGCUCCUUGUACGAGGGGCUAGAGAAACCUGAGACACGAAGUUCAAUUCACAAUUUUAUGACGCAUCCUGAGUUUAGAAUAGAAGACUCCGAGCCUCAUAUUCCCCUUAUUGAUGAUACUGAUGCUGAAGAUGAUGCGCCAACAAAACGCAACUCUACUCCCCCACCCUCUCCCAAUAAAAAUAACAAUGCGGUUGACAGUGGAAUUCACCUUACAACAGACAUGAACAAGUCUGCUACCUCUUCAUCCCCAGGGAGCCCACUACAUAGUUUGGAAACAUCACUCUGAUUGUAAGCUGAAUGUUAACACACUAGCUGCUUUGUAAAGAAAUUGAAACUGGGUCUCUUCACACAUUAUGAUGGACAAGAUGAUAUUCUUGUCUUGGACUUCAACAGAAGACACACUUGUACGAAUGUAGAUUUAUUUUUUUAAAAAAAAAGCUUUCUGCCAGACUGGAGGGUGCUUUUCUGGGGGUGGGAGUAAUAAUGAACUCUGACAGUAACUUGGCAUAAGUGACCUGUGGAUCAUCUGUUGUACUUAAGAAUGGUCCUGAACAGUGUGUUAGCAGAGCUUUAGUUUAUCAUGAUCCUUUUCAGAGGGGAAGGCUGGGAAGGGCAAGGAGGCCCUGGAUCAUUGAAUUGAUACUUUAAUUUCUGCUGUUGGCUGUUAAUAAUUUGGAUUAUUUAUGUUUAUAAAUGAUACAGAUCUGUUUACAAGGUUUGUAGAUACUUUUUUGUUCCUGUUCAUAGAUGGGAAGCUUCCUUAUAAAUGAUACAGAGAAGAAAACAAAAGAAAACAAACAAAAAAAAAAGAAAAAGAAAAAAAGAACCAAAAAAACACAAACUAGUCCUUCAAAUACUGCUGUAUUUUCAGGAAAAGGGUGUUUCUAUUGAAACUGUACUAAAUUUUGCCUGCAAUUUACCUUGUUAAAUAUUGUAGAUAAAUUGCUACUACUAAUAGCCAAAUAGAUAACACUAAUGCUUUGUAAAAACAUGAGCAGUGGUGUUCUAAUGAAGUUAUGGCCUCUGUCCUAAUUAGUUUCUUAAAUACAUUUACUACUUAAUGGUUUUGAAACAACUGUUUAAUUUUUAAAAAUUUUGAGAAACUUAAUGAAUAACUUUUGUUCAGAACUUAGUAGGAUUGUUUAAUGCAGGACAUCAAUAUGUGAUGGAACUUGCUUGAAAUAUUUCUGUUAUCUCGGGCAAAAUGGAUUAAAUCAAAAUACAUCAGAAUCUUAGUCCUUUGUUUUUGUCUAAUCAUGUUAGUUUAGUGCUGUCUUGGUGAACUGUGAGUGGAACUGUGAUUUUUUUCUAAUCUAUAGAAUCCUUCAUGCAGCAUGAGGGCUGUUGGCAUUUUGAAAGGUUGUUAGUGGGUAGCAUACAUGUUCUCCUUUUUGUUUUUGAAACUUGUUUGUAAACAUGAAUAAAUCUGCCCUUUUGUUAAAAUAAAAUUGCAGCGAUGGUUUCUUACAGAUCUUUUUUUCUCAGCUCCUUCACUGGAAAUAUGGAAAAGUACUCUUCUGUAUUACUGGUUAACUUUAAACUGCAAUUUCAAGAUGGUAACAGCCGCGCUCCAGAUAGUACUUUGGGUAAAUGGAAUCAUGGUGGCUGCCUCCAGAAUGAAUGUGUAAGCUAAGAUACUCAGAAGUCUUCACUGAACCAAAAGGAUACUCUUUGGGAAUGAAUAGGUCUGCCUGAAAUUCCGAGACUUCCUGUGAGUACUGUGUAAUAAAUAUAUCCCUGACGAUUUAAGUGAGGGAAAACCGAGAACUGAAAUAUAGCAUGGGUGAAAUGUACCAGAACUGACCGACUAGAGAUUGACUGAAGAAGUUACGGUCUGCCUCAACUGUGUUGUUCAAACAGCAAAAGAUGAUGGAACAGUACUUGAUCUGGCACUUUCUCAUGCGCUCUAGAUCUAAUACUGCUUAGAAGAGCAACAGAAGGGAGGAGUUGUAAACUUUUAUUUUCCCAGUUCUGUAUUCUUUGAAACAGCGAGUGAAUUUUUUUUGUCAAAUAAUCCAGAAUUUUUAAAGGGGUCCCUUCAAAGGAGUGCAGGAAUUAAGUUGGUAAUGAGGAAGGCAGUAAUACCAGAGCAAACUGCAGAAAUCAACAGUUUGGGAAGCUCAAGCAAAUCUUUCCCUUAUGAUGGGAUACAUGCAUGCUUGAGUUUGUCCUUUAGAGGCUAAUGUUCAACCUGUAGCACUGUAUCCCACUGUCAACCACUCCUGAAUUCAAUCUUUUCUAUUGUACGUCAGUAAAUACACUGAAUUCUAGGCAAUGGGGGGGGGGUGUGUUGCACUUGACACUUUGUAUAGUAAUUUUUCCCACAUUUCUGGCACUUUUGUUACAUCACAGUUCUUAUCUAGAGUGCUUGGGGGGGGAUCAGUUUUUAUGUAAGCUGUUUUCUCUCUACUACAAAAGUCAGAUAAGCAUUGGCUUAAAAUGAGGAUUUUCUUUAGCCAUGAAGUACAUUGUCAUAUGAAAACGUAUCUUCGUUUAACUUCAUUAAUGACUAAUAAUUUGACUUCAUUUGAAAACAGACUUUAAUUUUUCCCUCUCCUCUGGAUGUGGUCAUGACUGCAUGUUAUCUUUUUUGGAAUAAAAUUUACACUUAAGCCUUUUGCUGGGGGGUGGGAGGGUGAAUGUAGGCUUUGUACAUCAGUAGUCCCUCUUGAUUCUGUUAACAUCAGUGUGCUGUUCCUACAGGAAAUUUUCCUUACAGAAAUGAGGAAAAGUUGUUUUAAGAGGGGGGGUGUGCUUUCUUUGUUAUCUCAAGAAAUCAUAACAUUGCCUAGAUUAUGAAAUGAUUUUCACUAAGGUCAUAAGGCCUUCAUUGCCUUGCUGGUUGUAAGGUUUACUUGUCUUUCUUCUUGUAACUGAAAUAAAUAAAAGUGCUGUUCAUCUCA